UUGCUGUCGAGCCCGGGAGGUCGAGAAGGCUGUGGUUGUCUCGGCCGUCGCGUCCCGCAGGGAGUCUAGUCACCGCCGCCUGUCCCGCAAGCCCGCCCGUCACCCACAGGCUCGUGUGUACGCUGCCGACCUUGCCAGUCGCUCGCCGUUCGUCGUGUGAACCGCGCCUCCUGCAUCAUGUGCGGUAUAUUUGCAUACUUAAACUACCAUGUUCCUCGCACAAGACGAGAAAUCUUGGAGACCCUAAUCAAAGGCCUUCAGAGACUGGAGUACAGAGGAUAUGAUUCUGCUGGUGUGGGAUUUGAUGGAGGCAAUGACAAAGACUGGGAAGCCAAUGCCUGCAAAAUCCAUCUCAUUAAGAAGAAAGGGAAAGUCAAAGCACUGGAUGAAGAAGUUCACAAACAACAGGAUAUGGAUUUGGAUAUAGAAUUUGACGUACACCUUGGAAUAGCUCAUACCCGUUGGGCAACACAUGGCGAACCCAGUCCAGUCAAUAGCCAUCCCCAGCGCUCUGAUAAAAAUAAUGAAUUUAUUGUUAUUCACAAUGGAAUCAUCACCAACUACAAAGACUUGAAAAAGUUUCUGGAAAGCAAAGGCUAUGACUUUGAAUCUGAAACAGACACAGAGACAAUUGCCAAGCUUGUUAAGUACAUGUAUGACAAUCGGGAAAGUCAAGAUACCAGUUUUACUACCUUGGUGGAGAGAGUUAUCCAACAACUGGAAGGUGCUUUUGCACUUGUCUUUAAAAGUGUCCAUUUUCCUGGCCAGGCAGUUGGCACAAGACGAGGCAGCCCUCUGUUGAUUGGUGUUCGAAGUGAACAUAAACUCUCUACCGAUCACAUUCCAAUACUCUACAGAACAGCUAGGACUCAUUUUGGAUCACAAUUCACACGGUGGGGAUCACAGGGAGAAAGAGGGAAAGACAAGAAAGGGAGCUGCAAUCUCUCCCGUGUGGACAGCACAACCUGCCUCUUCCCUGUUGAGGAAAAAGCAGUGGAGUAUUACUUUGCUUCUGAUGCAAGUGCUGUCAUAGAACACACCAAUCGCGUCAUCUUUCUUGAAGAUGAUGAUGUCGCAGCAGUGGUGGAUGGCCGUCUCUCUAUCCAUCGAAUUAAACGAACUGCUGGCGAUCACCCUGGACGAGCUGUGCAAACCCUCCAGAUGGAGCUCCAGCAGAUCAUGAAGGGCAACUUCAGUUCAUUUAUGCAGAAGGAAAUUUUUGAGCAGCCAGAGUCAGUUGUGAACACCAUGAGAGGAAGAGUCAACUUUGAUGACUAUACUGUGAAUUUGGGCGGUUUGAAGGAUCACAUUAAGGAGAUCCAGAGGUGUCGGCGUUUGAUUCUUAUUGCUUGUGGAACAAGUUAUCAUGCUGGUGUAGCAACACGUCAAGUUCUUGAAGAGCUGACUGAGUUGCCUGUUAUGGUGGAGCUAGCCAGUGAUUUCCUGGAUAGAAACACGCCGGUUUUUCGAGACGAUGUUUGCUUUUUCAUUAGUCAGUCAGGUGAGACAGCAGACACCCUGAUGGGUCUUCGGUACUGUAAGGAGAGGGGAGCCUUAACAGUGGGGAUCACAAACACGGUCGGCAGUUCCAUAUCAAGGGAGACGGAUUGUGGCGUUCACAUUAAUGCUGGGCCUGAGAUUGGUGUGGCCAGCACAAAGGCUUACACCAGCCAGUUUGUAUCCCUUGUGAUGUUUGCCCUUAUGAUGUGUGAUGACAGGAUCUCCAUGCAAGAGAGACGCAAAGAGAUCAUGCUUGGAUUGAAGCGGCUGCCUGAUUUGAUUAAGGAAGUACUGAGCAUGGAUGAUGAAAUUCAGAAAUUGGCAACAGAACUGUAUCAUCAGAAGUCGGUCUUGAUAAUGGGACGUGGCUAUCAUUAUGCUACUUGUCUUGAAGGGGCCCUAAAAAUCAAAGAAAUCACUUACAUGCACUCUGAAGGCAUCCUUGCUGGUGAGUUGAAACACGGCCCUCUGGCUUUGGUGGAUAAGUUAAUGCCUGUCAUCAUGAUCAUCAUGAGAGAUCACACUUAUGCCAAGUGUCAGAAUGCUCUUCAGCAGGUGGUUGCUAGACAGGGACGCCCAGUGGUGAUCUGUGAUAAGGAAGAUACCGAGACCAUUAAGAACACAAAAAGAACAAUCAAGGUGCCCCACUCGGUGGACUGCUUGCAGGGAAUUCUCAGCGUGAUCCCCUUACAGUUGCUGGCUUUCCACCUUGCUGUGCUGAGAGGCUAUGAUGUUGAUUUCCCCCGGAAUCUUGCCAAAUCUGUAACUGUAGAAUGAGGAGCAUCUGAAACUCUGGGCGAUGAAGCAACACAAGACACCUUUUAUAUUUAAAACCUUGAUUUAAAGUAUCACCCCUUUAAGCCUUUUUAAAGUAAAUCUUUAUUUAUAUAUCAGUUAUAAUUAUUCUACUCAAUUUGUGAUUUUUGUGAGUUACCUCAUAUUUUUCCAGUGAUUUGUGGGGGAGUUCGAAUAAUGGAAUCUAUAUCGGAAUCGGUACUAGAGAUUUGACUCUCAUUUUCUUUAAAGGGUGCUGGGUGUUGGAUUUCUGGGCCCUCCACUUCAAUCUGAGAGGGUUGUAUGUUUUUAAAAUAAUUGGCGUUUGUUUUACCACACUUCUAUUCAUACAGCCCAAUGGCAGCAGUAAUGUAUGCUAAUACUUGGACAUUAAAUUAAGAUUUUGCUAAGUUAUACAUAAAGAGAAGAUGCUGUGAUUUAUUUUGAAAUUUGUUUGUUUUUUUUUAAAACACACUGUAAAACUUAAAAACUGAAAACUUUUCUUGGUGGAAUUUCUGAGUUAGGUUGACCUAACCUUAUCUCUCGCGCUUGUUGCCUGUUAGCUGUAGGUCGAGGUGGCUUAGCAGGCUGAGUAGUCUGGUCAUGCACUGGGUCUCCCCAGCCUUUAAAAGAAAACAUUUGCACAGUUUUGUAGCACACACUUUAAAUUUGAGCUGCUUUGGACAACUGACAAUAUGACUUUAAAUUUGAAGAUGAAAUACAUACAUGUUGGAUAUCCUCCUCCUUGUUUUUUCAUCUCCUAAAACUGGUUUUUAUUUCCUUGCAUCUGUAGUUUUCUUUAAUGGCUGCUGAGUGACAUAUUUUAUCUUGUUCUUUGAAAUCAUCGCAGAAUUGCUAUCAGAUGUCUCAAAUUAAAUCAAUACUGAUAUAUUCAGAAUUUUCUUCAACUUUUUCCCAAAGAGGAAUUUCCUGAAGCUAAUUUUAACUUCCCUUCACUGCCUUGUUAUAUAAAACCAGUACCUUCAGUACCGGUAGUACAGUCAGGUGGGAAGUUCUUUGCAGUUGUUUGGAAUAUUUGCAAGUCUUUUCACUAAUCAUUUGAGUCUAAAUGUAUGUGAUGGGCUAGGCUUAGGAACAGCUUCAUGCUGUACACUGAUGCUAGUGAAGGAUGGCAUCACAUUUAGGAUUACUUCCUAGGUAUUCUUCUCUCUGUAGUUUCUGUGUUCUACCCCUGAAAUAUAUUUAGGAAUGGAGAAGAUAUAAAUAAAUAAAGUGAUAUUGAGGUGCCUUCAGUGUCAGAAAUGGAAAUUAACAAUUUAGAUUAAAAUAUUUAGAGUAGAGUAUUAGUUUGACAUGCGAAAAAUUGUAAGUAGUAACUUCUUCAUGGAGCUUUUUGGGCCAAAUCUUGGGGGUUCUAGGACUGCGUGUUUAUGUUUUGGUUAAGUCCUUCUCUUUCAAGAGUUUUCGCUUUUAAAUGUUCAAGGUAAGAUAUUUAGCAUAAUUAAGUAACCUUAGUCUUUUCCUUUUUCUGUGUUUGAACUUCUUGUUGAGGUUAAGAUUUUCUAAUAGUGAUCGCUGCAAGAGAAACAGAAUUCUGCUUGUAUGUUAGGGUUAGAGAAAGAACUGGCGUAUUUUGAGGUAAUUUGGAAGGACUCUCCUAGAGACUAGAAUUGUUUUUAAAAAUAAAAUAGGGUUACUAUUUACAUCCUAUAUAUAGCUACUAUAGCUAUAUUUAUCUAUCUGAAUUGUUUGUGAGGUUAUUUUGUGUAGGCCUGGUAGUUUUUGUAUGCGUAUAGUGUCAUUUCUUAUGUUUGUUAUAUUAGCAUUUUAUGCACAUGAUUUGUAUGGGUUUGUAGCAUUUCUUAAUGGUCUAAUGUUUGAGUCAGCAUUCUAAGUGAAAACUAAUAAGUAAAAUCAGUCAUUAGUUUUUCACAGUCUCUCUAUUUCUGUUUCUCUCAAACACACACACACACACACACACACAUUCUUCAAGCUAGGAUAAGUUCUAAACUGAAUAUCAAAAGUUGAAAUUAAGAACAAAGAAGUGAUAUUUCCAAACAAACAUGGUUUCUCCCCCCAUCCCUACUUCUUGCUCCCUACCCCAUUUAAUGUAGUGAUUUUUACAUGCUUUUAUAAGUUAAUUGUAAACACAAAAAAGAUACUGUAAUGAGGCAAAUCACUAAGGAGUGUGCAUGCCCAGUUAAAGCCAAUAUAAUAUAGGAUAAGGUCAAGAAAGAUAUUCUACAAAAGGAGUCCUUUAUAUAAAAAGUUCUUUCUUGUAGAGCAUUUAAAGUUUAAAUUCACUCAUAUAUGACUUAUAGUUCCUUGCCCCAGGCCGUGAGCCCUUUUUAGGCCGGGAAUCAUGUGUAACAUCUGACACAUGGCCCCGUAAAUGAUUGUUACUUUGGAGUCAGCUUUUCUAUCUUUUUUUAGUCACCUAUGCCAUAGGAAUAAAUGAUAGGGGGAAAACUAAUGUUAACUAUUUUUAGUUUGUUAUAACUAUGUUAGCAACCUCUUGUGGGCGAGGAACUGUGCUGGGAACUGAAAAAUACGUCUCAUUUACAGCAAAGUCUGCUUGUCCCCGAGUGGACUCCGCACUAGUGAAGACUAGGGUCACUGGAGGCGCAGGGGGAGAGGAUGGAAGAUGGAGUGGAGCUGGGUGGUUAAGUGUUGUGCGUGGAUUUUUCACUUAAAUCAUGGUCCAAGUUUUGGGACGUUUCAUGUUUGUAAGAGGUGAAAUGCAUUUUGUGGAGUAAGUUAUCAUCACAGGCCGCACGUGCUUAUUUCUGUGGUACUCUGAGGAACAGCAGUUGUUGGAUGCAAAAGUGAGAAGCAGGCCAGCAGCAGCCCUCUUCAGAGGGAGCUGACCAAGUGACGUGCAUAUGGGGCUGUUGGUUGAGAGAGCUGGUACAGAUUUUCUCUUAACUUACUUAGAAAGUUGUUGCUGGGAUGAUAUUGUCUUAUCUUUUUGAAUACAAAUCUCUUAGCCUGAGUUAAUUAUGAGAAUGGGAGGAAAGGAGCCUUUUUUUAAUCUCCUUGGUGAUAGUCCUUUGACACUUAUUUCUAUUAACUCUUCAAGGAAGGAAAAUCAGCUGAAAUGUUUGCUUUAACAAACAUUUUAAGAAGUCCUUUGGGGUCACUUUUUUCUCAUAUCUUUUUAAAAAAUUAAGAUAGACUAUAGCAAUAAAAGGGAAAGACUAAUGUUAACUAUUUGUAUGCUACAACUUCAGCGAUUUUUCUAAAAAGCACAGUGUCAUUGAAAAGUGUUUAUUGAAAAAGAAUUCAUAGCUCACAUUGAAUUUGUGAAGGCCAAAGAAAUUGAAGGGAAUGGUAAAGAGAUUUUAGACCUAUAUCCACUUAUUUAGUAGAUUUUGUAUACCAGAAUUCCAGACAGAGUGUUUUACCCAUGAAAACAUAUUUCGGAUUACUUUCUUUGUUUUCAGUGUUUAGAGUCUUAAGUUUAGAAGUAUUAACACUUAAAUCAGUUUUUCCCCCCAAUAUUUAAAGAUUAUUAAUACAUCAGUAUUUCCCUAGCUUGCUAAAUUUAACGCUAUAUUCAGAUCUGUGAUAUGACAACCAGUAGGACUGAUAACAUUAGCUUUGAACCAGUAAUAUCCAGGGUUAAAAUAAAAAUCAUAGUUAAGUAGCAAGACUGUAAAGUUAUGCCGUAUUAACAUAUAAGUCUGUAAUAGCUUGAUAUCAAUGUUAUGGAAUAUACCAUAAAUAAUGACUAAUGAGUACAUUUUAGGAAAUUCUUGAAUUACCUUUCUUACUAGUUUUCAGAAUGAAUACAGAAAUGAUCCUGUUAGCUUUUUAAAUGUUCUGUGGUUGAAAUUUUUUUUUGCUUAAAUAAAACUUUUGGUAUUUGUUUAAAUUAUAUUUCUUGUGAGCUGGAAAUUUUAGAAUCAUCCUUGCUUUGUUUUCUGUUCUUUAAAAUGAAUGUUUAGAUUACUGAGCCAAUUGGUCAUUUCUUCCUCAUGUCUUGUAAGUCUAGUGACUCUAAUCCUGAACUGUGAAUAAAUUACCAAAAACUUGCUGAGAAUUGCAUUUUGAAGCAAUUUGCCAAUAUUUGAAGUGUAUACGUGUUUGUAGUUGUGUUGAAGAUUCUAUUGUACUAAGAAUGUAGCCAGUGUUUACUUUACUUGUUAAUGUUAAGUAAACAUUUCUGAUGUUUAUUCACUACGUUUAUUCACUACUGUUGCUGUUUUAAAAAGAAGGAAUGAUUGCAUAAAUAUAAUCAAAAGCCACAUC